UAUAUCAUGUCAUAUCAUAUGACAUAUACUGUAGCUAUAAUGAUAUAAUAAUCAUAGCUAUUAUUCUUAAAAUGGCAUUUGAGGCAGGUCUUGAAGGAUAUGCAGCUUCAUUGGCCAAAAUUUCCAUCACUUCCUGCUUGCUCUCCCCUCUGUCAAUCAGUUGCUAUCAGGGAGGUCCAGUUUCUGAAACACAGGAAUUGUGUGAGCAGAAGUCGCCACUCACACCAGCCCUCGGUGUGAGAAGGAGGACAUUUGAGGGCAAGGUAGCUGCAGCCCCAAGCUGCCCUCCACACUGGAAGCCAGUCAAGGCGUGGCCUCCUCAGCUGGAGUUGACAUCCAGUUCUGCUCUGGACCUGCCAAGGGUCAAACUCUGAGGAUUUCCUGCCAGGCUACAGGGAGGGGUUUGGGUGUAGACCUGGUGGACUGGAAAAUUACCCAUUUGCCCCAGAUUAAUGAUUAACAGGUCCCUGCCCUCACCCUGUCUGGGAGAGGAGCCCAGGGCCAGGCUAGGCCAACAGGAGCCCGAUAGCAUCUGUCUCUGCUCGGAGGUUUCGGAGAUAUGCUCCAUGAUGGGUUGACUGCACCUGAAGGGUGUGGAAUCUACAGGUGAUUUCUGAGGGCACCUGGGGCCUGGCCAGGCCGCAUACCCUCUGGUGAGGCUUCCAACUUCUGGGGCAUACAGAGAGGGCAUGGCCUCCAGCCAGAUGUCCUGGCUAAUGCAGGUGGCUCCAAAGAGGAGAGCUGUGCCCUUGGCUCAGAGGAACAUGGGCUUCUCUGACCACUCCUGGCUUGACCACAGGACUUACCUUGGCCAGUGGCACAUGAGCAACAGUGGCAAGUGCCACAUCCAAGCAGGAGCUCUAAGAGCCAUUGCCUGCUUCCACCUUUGCUUUUUUUUUUUUUUUUUUGAGAUAGGGUCUUGCUCUGUUUCCCAGGCUGGAGUGCAGUGAUGCGAUCUCAGCUCACUGCAGCCUCCACCUCCCGAGCUCAAGCUAUCCUUCCACCUCAGCCUCCCAAGUAGCUGGGACUACAGGUGUGUGCCACCAUGCCCACAUAAUUUUUCUAUUUUUAGUAGAGACAGGGUUUUGCUGUCACACAGGCUGCUCUCAAACUCCUGGACUCAAGCGAUCCACCUGCUCAGCCUCCCAAAGUGUGGAAUUACAGGUGUGAGCCACUUAGCCCAGCCCACCUUUGAUCUUUUACCCUGGCUAUGAGGCCAGGAUAUCCCAGAACAGGGUUACUUCUCUUGGGCUGGGUCCUGGAAUGAUGUAUAUUCCACCCACACUGGGGGCACCAGGGUAUAGGACAGCAAACAUUUUGAACCAGCAGAGCCAUCUCACAGAGAGCUUCUGGGAAGAGGGAAGACGAACUCUAAUUCCAGUUCCCACCCUGCUGCUGAUCUGUUGUAUGACCAGUCCAGUCACUGCCUCCUUGUAAAUCCUUUGUUUCCUCAUCUGGACAAAGGGGAGACUCUGCUUAGCUGGAGAGUAAAGCAUCUUGCAAAACGAGGGAAGUUUGGGAAGCUCCAGCUAGCAGGAAGGUAGGCCUGCAUGUCCCAGGCACUGUGGUUAGUCCAUUUCAUAUAAUCCUCCCACCAACCCUAGGAGGUAGAGAAGAUCACUCUGCCCAGUUUCCAGAAGGGAAAAAACCAAGGUGUCAAGAUUGCAUAGCUAGAACAUCAGCCUUAGAAUUUGGUAGCUUGGCUCCAGAAUCGAUGAACUUUCAAUCUAGGAGAACAAGAAGUCUCGGAUUGAUGGCCUGAUGGGAAUUCAGCUCCUUCACCUUCAUCUAACCAUCCAUCAGUCCUUCCUUCCUUCCCUUCUCUUUCCUUCCAUCCCCUUCUCUCCCCAGGCAUCUAUUUGUACCAGGCACCAGGUGGUCAGAUGGUUGAAGGUCUAUCUGGGAAUUAUGGAAACAUGUUAGAUUGGUACAGGAUUACUUGGGCAGCAGCAUAAUGUAAGGGAGAGAGGGAUGUCAGGGGACCUUGGCUGGGUGUCCGCUCAAUGUCCACAUCCCCUCUGCCUGCCCCCUCUCAGGAAUGUGGCUCUCUUGGCCAGGCAGCCACCAAUACUCUGUGCAUUAUUUCCCAAACUUCCCGGAUCACAAAAGCUGCCUAGGGACUGUGGUAAAUGUACAGAUUCCCAGGCCCAAUUCCAAACCAAUAGACCCAGAAUUGCCCAGCAUGGAUCCUGGGAAAGCAUAUUUUUAAUAAGCACCCCAGAUGAUUUUUCUAACUGGGCCAAUAGGGAAAUAGGAAAAUAGGGUGGAUAAGAAGAGCAGAGACCGGAAUCUGGAAAACAGGUUUAAGGUCCUGCAGCAACCUUUGUUACAUGAACCUUGGUUUCCUAAUCUGUAAAAUGGGGACGGGACCUCCAGGGGGUCAGCCUACCGCCCAGAAGGGCAGUAAAUGAAGCCCCUGAGGAGGCCCCUUCCCUUCAUUUGCCCCUCACUACCAUCCCCAAGGCUCACCCGUCUCCCUCCUCUCGCUCUCUCUAGCCUGACCGGGCGGGAAGUCCUGACGCCCUUCCCAGGAUUGGGCACUGCGGCGGCCCCGGCACAGGGCGGGGCCCACCUGAAGCAGUGUGACCUGCUGAAGCUGUCCCGGCGGCAGAAGCAGCUCUGCCGGAGGGAGCCCGGCCUGGCUGAGACCCUGAGGGAUGCUGCGCACCUUGGCCUGCUUGAGUGCCAGUUUCAGUUCCGGCAUGAGCGCUGGAACUGUAGCCUGGAGGGCAGGACAGGCCUGCUCAAGAGAGGCUUCAAAGAGACAGCUUUCCUGUACGCGGUGUCCUCUGCUGCCCUCACCCACACCCUGGCCCGGGCCUGCAGCGCUGGGCGCAUGGAGCGCUGCACCUGUGAUGACUCUCCGGGGCUGGAGAGCCGGCAGGCCUGGCAGUGGGGCGUGUGCGGUGACAACCUCAAGUACAGCACCAAGUUUCUGAGCAACUUCCUGGGGUCCAAGAGAGGAAACAAGGACCUGCGGGCACGGGCAGACGCCCACAAUACCCACGUGGGCAUCAAGGCUGUGAAGAGUGGCCUCAGGACCACGUGUAAGUGCCAUGGCGUAUCAGGCUCCUGUGCCGUGCGCACCUGCUGGAAGCAGCUCUCCCCGUUCCGUGAGACGGGCCAGGUGCUGAAACUGCGCUAUGACUCGGCUGUCAAGGUGUCCAGUGCCACCAAUGAGGCCUUGGGCCGCCUAGAGCUGUGGGCCCCUGCCAGGCAGGGCAGCCUCACCAAAGGCCUGGCCCCAAGGUCUGGGGACCUGGUCUACAUGGAGGACUCACCCAGCUUCUGCCGGCCCAGCAAGUACUCACCUGGCACAGCAGGUAGGGUGUGCUCCCGGGAGGCCAGCUGCAGCAGCCUGUGCUGCGGGCGGGGCUAUGACACCCAGAGCCGCCUGGUGGCCUUCUCCUGCCACUGCCAGGUGCAGUGGUGCUGCUACGUGGAGUGCCAGCAAUGUGUGCAGGAGGAGCUUGUGUACACCUGCAAGCACUAGGCCUACUGCCCAGCAAGCCAGUCUGGUACUGCCAGGACUUCCUGUGGCACCCUUCAAGCUGCCGAGCCGGCCCUCUGGGCAGACAGUCAUCACAUGCAUGCAUAAACCAGCAUGUGUGCCAAUGCACACGAGUGUGCCACUCACCACCAUUCCUUGGCCAGCCUUUUGCCUCCCUCGAUACUCAACAAAGAGAAGCAAAGCCUCCUCCCUUAACCCAAGCAUCCCCAACCUUGUUGAGGACUUGGAGAGGAGGGCAGAGUGAGAAAGACAUGGAGGGAAAUAAGGGAGACCAAGAGCACAGCAGGACUGAAAUUUUGGACGGGAGAGAGGGGCUAUUCCAUCUUGCUUCCUGGGAUGAAUGGCUUGGAGCCAGCAUGUUCUUGGGAGGUGAACUGCUGGGCUAGGAAUGCCAAGGCAGGCAGUGCCAGCUGGAAGUGAAGGCGGGAGCCUGGCUGAGAUGGGUCAGUUGGGUCCUGUGGCCCUGCUCAGGUGCAGUGGGCUCCAGGUGUCACACACCUCCACCACUCCCCUGGUUUUGCUGUGCCAGAGAUGGGGAGAAAGCCGAGGUGGUAGAAGCCAUCCGUUCAGAGAAAGGAGAACUUUCUGUGCUUGAGUGGACCCGAGUGAGAUCUCUGCCCUGGAGCCCUGUGUCCUUGAUUUGGCUUUUCAAAUAUGCCUCCGCUGAGGCCUCAUUCUUGUCUCGAGAGCUGGGUUAUGCACACUCACCCAGCCGUGCUCAAAACUACCACCAGUGCAGGUAAGACAGGUGGGAGAACUAGCCACCAAGGCGGGACUCAGUGCACCUGAGGUUGAACAGGGAGACAAUGGCCCCUCCCUGUGUUCCCUGCUGGCCAAAGGAAUCUUCACUCCCAGCCCAGAGGAGGAGGGCAACAGCUUCCUGGUGCCUGGCAGUGACGUGGCGAGCUCAGUUUCUCAGCUGGCUCUUGAGUGAGCUUUGGUGACUUCCUGUGGCUGGGGCCUGCCUGGUCUGUGACACCCCCAUACCAGCUGAGUUCACAAUACUGAAGAACAGCUGGCUCACGAGCUAUGACUUGAAGUUACAUUUCUAUUCUUGUGGCUGCUCAUCUAGUUAAGGCUUUUGCCCUGGCUGGGGUUAUAGGUGCUUGAGUCCUUCUAAGCCUGGCUCCUGGGUAGCCUCCUUCAGUUCCUAAUGGCCUCUCACUUGGCCCUCACUUUGGCUCUUACUUGAGGAGGAGACGUGACUUUGAUAAUUUCCUCAGAUCCUGUGGACAUUUUCAGCAGCACCUGCCAAGGCCCUCUGUGAAAGGAGGAGAGACUGGCACCUCCACACAGGCACACAUGGAUGCACAGCCCCUGGACCAGGCUGGGGGUUCCUGUUGCACAUGCCUCUCUUGUUCAGGAUGAAGACCUUGCAGGGUCCCCUUGCUGGAGGCAUUGUACUUCCCCAGAGUGGGGCCCGAUGCCACCCAGGAGGAAGUGACUUCUUUCGGGAAGCCCUUGGCCACUUUGCUGGCCCUGCCACGCCCAUCUGUCAGCUUCCUUUCUCCCUAAACGUAGAGUUGCUGACCCUUCACCAACACAGGAAAUUUCAGAAUCAGCUGAAUGCUCAGAAACCUCGCCUGUGCCAGCUCCAGGACAAAGGCCCGCUGACUGUGCCCUGGCCAACUCCCUGAGACCUCCAAGAGCGAGGAGUAGCUGCCCAGUCUCCAGUGGAUCAGGGCAGUCUGCUGGAUGCUGGAAGGAUUUUUGACUGCAGAGGCUCGGCUGAGAAGCCAAACUGACCUGAGCCCCUCUCGUUAAAAUGACAUUGCUGACCCAAGCACCUGGCCCGCACCUUGGCAGCAGGAGAAAAAUGGGGAGAGGGCUGGUUUUCUCCUUUCUUCCACUUCCCCACAGCAUGGAGACUUUCUCUGCCUUCCCAAUCCAUCUUGCUCCUCCGAGACCCCAACUCUGCCUCCACCCAGGCUCAGUGCUGGGCGUAAGGCAGCAGGGACCUCACUGGCAGAGCAGGGGGCCUGGGAGCAACUUGGAGGCCAGAGCACCCUGAUCCACCAACAUGCCACCUGCAUUCUGACUUCAUGGCUGGCAGUGCCAGGGUCGUGGGAGGGCAAAGGGCAGGCUCUAAGGCAUCUAGGCAGUGGCUGGCUGCUAACAUGGACACCCCAAGUCAAUGGCACAGUGUAGGUUCUGAGGGCUCCUUGGCUUGUGGGGUCUUCUCUGUCUGUCUCUCUCCCUCUCUUCUCCUUCCUUGCUCUCAUCCCUUUCUUUUCCAGUUACCCCUGAAGACCCACCUCGGCCCUCUUGGGGCCCCUGGGGACUAGAGUGACCACUGACCCCUCAUUCUACAGCUUUAAGGGAAAUGCUCACAGGGUAUUUUUGUCUACCUCAAAUAUAUAGUUUUUAGAGCAAAGGAGAAUAAUUUAUAUAGCUAAGAUAUAUGAGAAAGUAUUUAUAUUAUUUAUAUAGUUGCUAUAUUUCACAGACAGCACGGGUGGGGUUUGUGUAUUUUCCCGGAAACCCUCUGUUUGGGGAGAUACAGCCUGACCUGACCGGGUCCCCCACUGAGCAGGAGGCCGGGUCACUGGGAAGGAGGACAAACCUGUAUUCCAUGACUGGGUCUGUCUCGGAGCUGGUAAGCACAUGUCCCUUCUGUGAUGAGCCCUGGUGGGCUCCAUCCAGACCCUCCUUGUGAUGUUUUUGUAGAUUUUCUGCCCUUCUGGGUCCAGGCCCCUUCUUCUGCUCUGGCAAAAGUGUCUUGCUCGUAAUAAUAAUGACAACGAGAAUUCCCACACCUGGCAUUUGUAAAGCACUUUGCUAUUUAGAAACAAAAACUUUUACCCCUUUCAUCUCACUUGAUUUCUCCGUUAUCUCUGUGAGGUAGGUGGGGCCACAUUACUGUGGCCAUUUUAUAGAUGAGGCCCAGAGAUGGAGAGCUGUGCUCAAAGUCACACCUAAGAGACUUGCUCAAUGAAUAUUUACUGAACAUCUCCAUAGACCAGGCACUACGGGCUGACCUGCUCUGAGCCCAGGAGCCCCAAAGCCUGGAUACCACUGUGAGCCCAAGAACUCAGGGAAGCAGUUCCUUCCCAGGCUGUGAUCCCAGCCUUUUGGAUCUGGAUGGCAUGUUGGCACUUCCCCCAAGUGGAGUCCCAUGUCUCAGGGGCUGAGGCUACCUGAGAAGGCUGGAGAGACCAGGAACCCACGGAGGCCACUCCAAGGGGUCCUUCUGCCCACAUUGCCCAAGAAGCUUGGGCUACACCACCGGGCCCCUCCCAACCUACAGAUGAAUUUUGAUUGCUCUCAUUUGUGUUUUGCUUGUAAAAAUAAAUUGUUUUCCACUGGAUUUCUGGCUGCUUUUGCAAAAGUCAGCUGUGCUGGCAGACUGGGCCUGCAUGUCCUCCUGCAGGCAGCUAGAGUGAGGGAGUCUAAUGGACAGGAUGCCCCAAGUGCCCCCGUUGCUCAUGGAUGCUCCUGCCUGCCUCUCAUGAGCACAUAGUCCUGUCCCCCGGUCUAGAUAAGCCCAGCUUUCCUGGUACCCUUCAUCACCUGGCAGACAGACAGCCCCAUGCCAACCCUGGACAUUACUUGCUUUUGAACCUUUCCUUUCUCAACAACCAUGAACUUCAAAUGCUUUCUGUCUCAGGACACUUUAGAAUAACAAUGGAAGCCAUCACUUAUUGAGCGCCCCUUAUGUCCAUUUAUUCAACCAAUGAUUAUUCAGGGAUCUCUUAUUGAGCACCAGGCAGCAUCCUGGGUGCUUGGUACAGCAAGGAACAGGACCAAGUCUCUGCCUCAUGGGGCUGACAUCCUAGUGGGUGAGAAAGACAAUAAACCAAUAAAUGACAUGCCAGUUA